AAAUAACUUACUCAAUACUUUAGCAACUUCCACCAAAGAGCUGUUUCCCUCUGCUCAGCACCGAUGUCUCCUCCCUCCCUCCCUGUGUCCCUCCCGGUGCUGCGGAGCCGACCCCGGCAGCUGUGAGCGCGGCUCGGAUGUGCCUGCGCUGUCUCUGGUGCCCGCCUACUGCUGGGAUCAGGGAAGGAAAAGAGGCCACUUAGCGUGUGUGACAGACACAGCCACCCCCGGAGCUUUUGUCUGCAAGAGAAAAGGGGAAGAGAGUGACAAAUACGAGCGGGGGCAGAGCCGCAGCUGCAGCACCCGGGGGAUGGUGAAGCCGGGAAGGAGAUGUCUUGCAGUAACCCAUCCCCUCACAGAAGGGUCUGUCUGCCUUAGCCAGCCCGUCCUCCCAGGCAUCCCACCAGCCAUGGCCUCCACACCCCAGUGAGGGUUGAAAAGACGAGGACAGAACCCCUGCAAGGCUGCCACAUCCCCUGGCAGAGCCAUGGAGGCCCCCUUGGACGUGCCUGUAGGGAACCUCAUUGACUUUGACACCGAAACACCCCCGUGCAUCCCCUCAGAGCCCUCUCCUCCCGUGGCUCCCAGCGGCAACGGGCACGGCGGCGGGGACGUGGAGGAGAGCGAUGCCACCGAGUCUGCAGACAGUGACAACGACAUGGGUGACUCUCCCAGGCACUGGGGUGGCCACCACCACUCCUCCUCCAACGAGUCCUUGUCCUCCAGCCACAGCACAGAGUCGGCUCUGGACCAGGAGUCGGCCGAGCGCAGAGACUUCGUCAGGCACUACGUGGAGAAGAUCUUCAGCGGGGGAGAGGAUUUGGACCAAGAAGAGAAGGCCAGGUUUGGUGAGCUGUGCAGCAGCGAGAGCGGGAAGGGCAGGGAGUGGUUUGCGAGAUACGUGAGCGCCCAGCGCUGCAACUCCAAGUGUGUGUCAGAGCAGACCUUCUACCGCCUCAUGCAGUCCUUCGCCCUCGUGCUCUUCGAGUGUCACCAGAUGGAUGAUUUCAGCCCUGCCAAGAACCUCAUGACCAUGUGUUUCACCUACUACUACCUGGGCAAGCCCCAUGCCCUGCCCUUGGAGGCCAAGGAGAAGCCAAUGGGCAGCAUCGACUCGUACCUGAGGUCAGCCAACAGCUGGUUGGCAGAGAAGAAGGACAUCGCAGAGAGGCUGCUGAAAACCACCUCAGCCAAGACUGAGAACGUCAAGGGCUUCUUUGGAGGCCUGGAGACCAAACUGAAGGGUCCCAUCACCAAAAAGAGCGAUGAAGGUGAGGACAAGCCCAAGGAGAAGCUGAAGAAGACGGUUUCUGUGCAGAGCCCAGAGGAGGAGAAGAAAGGAGAGAAGAUCUACCUGUACAUGCACCUCAAGCAGCAGCCCAUCUGGCACAACCUGCGCUUUUGGAACGCUGCCUUCUUCGACGCCGUGCACUGCGAGCGCAGGAAGAGGUCCCCUCCCACCAGAGGGAACCCUGGGGAGGAAGAGGAGGAGAAGAGGGAGAAGUGGUGCCACAUGACACAGGAGGAGCGUGACGACAGCCUCCGCUUCAACGAGAACAUCACCUUCGGGCAGCUGGGCACCUUCAUCCACAACAUGCUGGCCUUUGGCCUCAACAAGAAGCUCUGCAGUGACUUCCUGAAGAAGCAGGCGACCAUUGGCAAUUUGGAUGAAGAGCAAUACAAGCUGCUCAGCGACCACAUCGAGCAGAUGGCUGUGGAGUAGCCACCUGGCUGAUGCUGUGAUGGAGAGACAGAGGCCAGGAGAGGAAACCCAACUCCAGGGCUACCUGAAACUGAAGCUGGGCUAGUUAAAAAACCACCACACACACAAGCUGCAAUAAAACCUGCAUGAUCCUCCACCAACCUUUACUGCUGCACCAGGGCAGCCUGUAGAAAUAGGAGCCCAACAGCCUCCUCUCCCCCUGACCAGACCCUCCCACUCCUAUUUUCAGAGCAGACAGUCCCACAAGUGUAUUUUGUCAGCUUAAAAGACCCACAGAAAGCAAAAGAGAAGCAAGAAGAGAGUGAAUGUGUUGGAUGUCACCACCUGCAAGGGACAUGGGCAGUGCAGGCUUGCUGGGAGAAGAGCUGGGGGCUGCCAAAGUGCUGCUGCCUUCCUCAGUGUAAGGCUUUUUGGGGAGGUGAGGGGAAACUCCUUCCCUUGGGCCACUUUCCCUGUGUGGUUUUGUACCUGUGGGCAGAGAGAAAAACAGCAGUUGGCUCCAUAUCAUUAGCCUGGAUCAGCAGGGAAUAAGAUAAACCCAGCAGAGAUUAAUCACUUUCCUUCUCCAGGCUGCAUCCUUUGCUCCAGUUGAGAGUGAAUCUAACCAGGGAAAGGUUUUUCCUCAGGGUCAGGGGUUGCCAGAGCACUUUGUGCAUGUUAGUCCCCUCUGGCAACCCCUCACCCUGAGAAAACAACCCCUUUAUGCUGGAAAAAGUGCUGUAAGAGGAGCACCAACAGCUGUAUCCUGGAGCAUCCCCUCCCCACAUCCAUCUCCACUCAAUCCUGCUUUGUUUCCUUUCUUCUUCUGUUUGUUUGUCCCCAGAAUAUAGCCUUUGCAUGGGUAUUUUUCUAAGAAAAAGAGGUUUCAAUGCAAGGAAAGCCAACCCAACAGCAGCACAACCCCAAACCUUAAACCUUUCUGGACUGGGGACUGUGUGAAGGGUGAGGUGAGAGAGAAAGAGAUUGGAAUAAA